AUGGCGGGCCACAACACCUCUCUCGCGAUGGACCCGGCGCUGGUCAAGUACGCCAACAUGUACGUGAACCGGCACAAAUACUUCCGCUGGACGCCUCGAACCGCCUGGCUCACAUUCGCCUACGUCGUCCUCGUUCCAAGCAUGUUCGGAUAUAUGGGAUACGUAACCGAUGGCAAGUGGGAUAUGCGGGGCAAGCGAAGGGGCGAUACCAUUGCUGAGUUCUAG